UGGCCUCCUGAGUGUUCUGCCUGUACUUGGUGGAGAGGGGUUUUGAAGAAAAAUGACCCAUUGUCUCUCAUCCUGACUCUGAGCUCGAGCAGUGAUACGAUGCCUCUGGAUGCCAGCCCAGGACGAGCCUACAGAAACUAUAGAAUCAGAUCCUGCUUUAUCUGCAUGGAAAGUGCUGCACCAGGGGUGCUCGCCAUGCCACAUCUCCUCAGUCAGACGGAAAGGGGAGCCUUGAAGGCCGGCCUCAGGAGGAAGGGUCCGGGAGGCUCAGAUGGCUGGCUCUCAGAGCUUUCUUUCGACCACAAAUUACUCAAACACUAACAGGAUCUAAAUGCAUCUAAAGACUUCUGACGUGCUUGUUUCUCACUGCAGAUUUCUUUGCUAUCUACCUAAAGACAGUCUAAUAUCCAAAACAUAUAUUAAAGCACAGCCAUUUUUCAUCAUCAUUUAAGAAAUAGAGUUGAAAGUUUGAUCUGCCUGAUGGUGGCCUUCAGGUAUUGUUGAACGUUAUUCUUGGCUUUAUAGCUGUACACAGGUCAUAAUUUAGGGUUAUUGAGGGCCUUGUGAAAGUAACAUUAUAAUAAUAUGGUCGCUGUGACAAUGACCAGACACAUUUAAUUAACACAAGCCAGACACACACACGUUUAUCUGUCCUCUAUUAAGAGUAGCUGACUUUAGAUCCCUUCCCAAAUGUGACGGAUAAGUCUGGCACACACAAUAAAGAGAUGGAGAAAUUCCUUUCCGUUUUUAAUCUUGAAUGAAUCACCUCCUCAUCUGCACUUUGUCGUGUUAUUUUUCAAAUGUAAAGAAGUAUGUGCGUGUGUGUGUCUGAGUGAGAGAGAAAAGGGAGACAGAGAGAGAUAGAGAGAGAGAUACCUUGAAGGUAUAAACAUGAAGUCGGAAAAGACGUGUAGCAGGAGUGCUAAGAGUGACCUGUCCACUGCUCUGUUAUCUGGCCAUCUGCCUGGACGGAAGAUCUAAAUAUUAUGACACUUGAUAUGACUGAGUGUACCUGCUGGUUACAUUCUAACGGAUCUGCACUGAGGCAAGGUGGCUUAUGUCUCAGUGACACUUCUGUCCCCAAACUCUGUGUCUUUUUCUCCCCAAAGUUGUUCUUCCAUAACUGACACACACUUUAAACUGUUAUGUAAUUGACAAAUAAUAUAGACUGUGGUCAUCUACAUUUACAGUGGGUGAUAUGCGUUCUAUUGUGUGUUCACGAUUAAGACGAGAGAAAGCUCUAGAGAGACAGACGGAAGCUUUAAAUUACCUUUUGCAUUUUUACAAAUGUGUGAGAAGUGUGCCAUGACUAUUUACAUCACCCUUCACCUCACAAGUAGAUACUGCUGUUGCUGUAUAAGCAAAGCCUGUAGACAUUAACCUACAAGAAGCUAAGACAUAGAUAGAUGAAGAGAGAAAGGGAGAGACAGAGAGAGACAGAGUAGAGAAACCAUAGAGAGAGAGAGAUAGAGACCCUCAUCAUCUGUAUUAAAAAUGUUGCACAUGAGCAUUGGGGGGUAGGUUGACUGUGUUGCGGUUAACACGCUCCCUCAGCUGGGUGUUCAUUUCAAUCUGCAGUACGAUAUCCUCAAGUCUGAACCCUUGGAUAAGGGUCACUUGCCAGAGGAGGAUUUUUUUCUGCCUCUCUGUUUUUUAUACUUCCUUCUUGGGCAGAAGGCUGGUGUAAUAGAAACCAGACACAAGCCAGAAUGUGAGGCAUUCACAGCGGCGAGACCUCACUUCUUCACAGAGUGGGAAAACGGAAUAAUUAGAAAGUCUAGUCUGAAAGGUUCACCCUUUUUGUUUUGUUUUUGACAUUCUGGAAGUUAUCAAUAACGGAAAAGGUCAGGACAUGAGGAUGGAAGCGGUAUCCCAGGGAUCAGACUGUGCAGGGGACAUCUAGAGAGGGCAAAGGAGACCUUGAGGAUGGGAAAUGCAUUUGCAACUUUUCCAGAUUCUAGUUGAAAAGCUUGUGAGAGCAACAUGAGCUGGAGCUUUCUCACUCGUCUCCUGGAAGAGAUCCACCACCACUCCACCUUUGUGGGGAAAGUGUGGCUGACUGUGCUCAUCAUAUUCCGCAUUGUGCUCACAGCGGUCGGAGGAGAGUCCAUCUACUCGGAUGAGCAGACAAAGUUUACCUGCAACACCAAGCAGCCAGGUUGUGACAAUGUCUGCUAUGAUGCCUUUGCCCCUCUCUCGCAUGUCCGCUUCUGGGUCUUCCAGAUCAUCAUGAUCUCCACUCCUUCUAUCAUGUACGUGGGUUACGCUAUCCACAAGAUAGCCCGGAUUUCAGAAGCGGAUCGCAAGAAGCUUCACAGGCUCAGAAAAAAGCGUACUCCUCACUCCAGAUGGAGAGAAAGCCACCAUCUGGACGAUGUCUUAGAGGGGGAUGAAGACGACGAUGCUGAGCCCAUGAUCUUUGAGGAUUCACUGGAGGUGCAGGAGGCCAAGACUGAACCAGCGCAGCCACAAAAACAUGAUGGCCGCCGAAGAAUUAUGCAAGAAGGCCUGAUGAGAAUCUACGUUCUUCAGCUCAUGUCGCGAGCUAUUUUUGAAAUUGCUUUUCUUGCAGGACAGUAUCUCCUUUAUGGUUUUCGAGUUAGUCCUUCAUAUGUAUGCAACAGGGUCCCCUGUCCACACAGAGUGGACUGUUUUAUCUCCAGGCCCACAGAGAAAACUAUCUUCCUUCUCAUCAUGUAUGUGGUAAGCUGUCUUUGUCUAGUGCUAAAUGUGUGUGAGAUGCUUCACUUAGGAAUCGGCACUUUUCGGGACACCCUUCGCAUUAAGAGGAACCGGGACCGACGGAUGUCCUAUGGCUACCCGUUUUCUCGAAACAUCCCAGCCUCCCCUCCGGGGUAUAACCUUGUGAUGAAGACAGACAAACCUACCAGGAUCCCCAACAGCCUCGUCACCCACGAGCAGAACAUGGCCAAUGUGGCCCAGGAGCAGCAGUGCACCAGCCCAGAUGAGAACAUUCCUUCUGAUUUAGCAAGCCUACACCGGCACCUACGUGUUGCCCAGGAGCAGCUUGACAUGGCCUUUCAAACAUAUCAAACUAAAACCAUCCAGCAGACCUCCAGGACCAGUAGUCCUAUAUCUGGGGGCACUAUGGCAGAGCAAAAUCGAGUCAAUACAGUCCAGGAGAAACAAGGAGCAAGGCCAAAGUUAGCCACAGAGAAGGCUGCAACUAUUGUUAAAAAUGGAAAGACCUCUGUCUGGAUAUAGCCACACGUUUAAUUUAAUAAAUUAACAGUUAAAACUUUUCGGACUCAAGGACUUCACUGUGACACCGCUGCAGGAUGUGUGUGUGUGUGUGUGUGUGUGUGUGUGUGUGUGUGUGUGUGUGUGUGUGUGUGUGUGUGUGUGUGUGUGUGUGUGUGUGUGUGUGUGUCUUUGUGCGAGAGAGAUGCGACUUAGACGAUCCCUACGGGAGAACAGAGUAUAAUACACACAUUUUAAAUUCAGAAGUACAUAUAGAAACUAUAAAAUCCAUUAUCACAAAACUUCCUUUUUACUGUAGCCUGUCAUUUUGUGCUUGCCAUAGCUUUUGGAGAUAACAUGUGCGUACUCAGCUAAAUGUAUUUAAUUCCAGCUAACAUUUAAAAGUAUAAACUGACUGCUUGGGGCUAUUUAUCUGGUCUACCCUUGACUGCCGCUGAACUGGAUUCUUCAAGAGAACUCUAACUUUGUAAGUGUGUGAUUGUACCCUCUAACUUAAUUGAAAAAUGCAGUGAAAAGCACUGUACAAAUGUACAAUGACUCAUUUCCGAAGAAUGAUGAUUACUUUGGAAAGAUGCAUGUUUAAUAUUUAGAGAAAUAUUUUUGGAUGUAGUAUGGAUGAGCAUUGCUGGAAGCAGAUAAUGUGAAAUGUUUUGAUAAAGAUAAUGAAACCGGGCUCUGUCACUGUAUGCUCUUUUGGUAGACAUCUGUUAAGUUGUGAUGAUUUUCAGUCAAUUGCGUGCAAAGCCUUUAUAUAUUCUGUAUUUUUCAAAGCCUUGCCGUUUAAAUGGGGAAAAGGUAAGUUAAUAGAAAAUCUAAUUAUUUGUUAAACGAAAUAUUGAUUUUCUGCAAUUUGAAGCAGAUGCAUGCUUUGAAACUGGGAAAUCCCACCCUUAGCUAGGAAAUUAGCUCUACAUUUUAUCUAAUGUUUUGGCAUGCUUGGUCUUUAAAAUGACCAUUUCAGUUUUUCUGUCACAGAUGAUAUUUGUUUCUAAAAUUGGUUUAUGAGUAAUAUUUAAUCCUGCCUUCACUGUAGUCACACUUCAAAGUGCCUCAAACUUUUAAAGACUGUUCUGGUAUUUUAUUCAUGAAGAAAUAAACGUAUGUGAAACCUC